AUGGCGAUCAAGCACAACAACCAGAUCCAGAAGAACCACUUCCGCAAGGAUUGGCAACGCCGGGUCCGAACCCACUUCGACCAGGCUCCCCAGAAGAUCCGCCGCAGAGCUGCUCGUCAGGCCAAGGCUGCCGCUGCCGCCCCUCGCCCCGUCGACAAGCUCCGCCCCAUUGUGCGAUGCCCGACCAUCAGAUACAACCGCCGCGUUCGUGCCGGCCGUGGUUUCUCCCUGGCUGAGCUGAAGGCCGCUGGUAUCCCCAAGCAGUUUGCUCCCACCAUCGGUAUUGCCGUCGACUUCCGCCGCCAGAACCUGAGCGAGGAGACGCUGGCCGCCAACGUCGCCCGCCUCAAGGCCUACAAGGAGAAGCUUGUUCUCUUCCCCCGCAAGGCCGGCAAGCCCAAGGCCGGUGACAGCAAGGACGUCGACGUCAGCAAGACCGUCUCGUCCCUGGCCGCCGCCCUGCCCAUUGUCCCCGUCUCCGAGGGUGUGUACGAGAUCAGCAAGAACGACGUCCCCAAGGCCGUCGAGGGUGGUGCUUACACCAAGCUCCGCCUCGAGAGAAGCAACAAGAGACAGCAAGGCCAGCGGGAGAAGCGCGCCCGGGAGAAGGCUGAGGCUGAGGCCAACAAGAAAUAA